UGACUGCCAGUCAAAAAGCAGCGAUCCAUCUGGGGGUCAGCACGACGAAAGAGCAACGCUGCACCUUCAAGACAAAACCAGGCGCUGACAUCUCAGUUUUGGAAGAGCAGGGAGUGCGAAAGACCCUUUGGAUUUACUACUGAGAUCCAGCCUUUUCAUUGACUCAACUCGGCUUUUUGUCAGUGUGACUGUUAACUUCAAAUAGUAUUUGCACUGGAUUUGGGCUCUUUUUAGACUUGUGUGCGCAGUGUGGAAAGAGCUUUGUGGAAGUUGUAUGUUUUAAGUUAGUAGGACUUCACUUACGUCACCGCAUCAACGUUUCCAUCGUUUCCAUCUGCUUGUUGGAUUCCAGUUCUCCAUGAUGUGGCUUAUCUGUGUUUCUAUUGGUUUCAUGGCUGGCCUGUGCGCCGGCGCGACGCAAAGCGCUUGGGAAGAGAGUACCGCGGUGCCUGUCAGGCUCGACCCAACGGUCCGAACGGCGAGUGACAGCGAACCGGAUCGACCCCUCUCCCCUGAAGAAAGACAGAAAGUGUCGGAGAUGAGGGUGUACAGGCUGGACGUGUUCGGUGAAGAGAUGAUCUUGGAGUUGGAGUCGGAUCAGACAUUUUUGUCCCCGGGGUUCGUCCUGCACAUUGUGGGCACUCCCGAAUCCGAACCGACCCAGGAACCCAACGGCGCAGAUGAGUCUGAUUGUUUCUUUUCGGGCACGGUGAACGGAGAAGAGCACUCUGCCGCUGCGCUAAACCUGUGCCAGGGACUGAGUGGUGGAUUUUACUUUCACGGCCAAGAGUAUUUCAUCAAACCGCUCAACGCAAGUGAGUUCCCCGGUCAAGAGGAAAAGGAGGAGGAGGUCCACCUCAUCCGCCGGAGGAUUCGGCCAGAGACCGGUGAGGGCAGCGCCAAGUGUGGGGUCAAUGAGGACGAAGAGAGGGUGCCAACGAAUCUGGAGAAGAAGCCUGAACGCGAAGCCGCCGCUAAAUCAGGCCAGACAGCCCACCACAGGACCAGGCGCUUUGUUUCCACUCCUCGCUACCUGGAGAUAAUGCUGGUGGCUGACCAGUCCAUGGCUGAGUUCCACGGUGCUGGGCUCAAGGCUUACCUCCUCACCAUCAUGGCCGUGGCAUCCCGCCUGUACCGCCACCCAAGCAUCCAUAACUCAAUCACCUUGGCUGUGGUAAAGCUGCUGGUGGUCUACGAGGAAGAGAGAGGCCCUCAAGUGUCAUCGAAUGCUGCCAUGACCCUCCGCAACUUCUGCCAGUGGCAGCGCCAGCACAACCCCCCCAGUGACCGCCACCCUGAGCACUAUGACACAGCCAUGCUCUUCACCAGGACGGACCUGUGUGGUGCCCAUUCAUGUGACACUCUCGGAAUGGCUGAUGUUGGUACAGUGUGUGACCCAGACAGAAGCUGCUCAAUCAUUGAAGAUGAUGGACUGCAAGCUGCAUUCACCGUGGCACAUGAACUUGGCCAUGUCUUCAACAUGCCUCAUGAUGAUGCCCAGCUGUGCUCUGGGGUGAAUGGCCCCCACUGGGGCUCCCACAUGAUGGCCUCUACCUUGUCCAAUCUUGACCAGCAGCAGCCAUGGUCACCCUGUUCCGCCCUCAUGGUCACCACUUUUCUCGACAAUGGCUACGGUCAGUGUCUGCUUGAUAAGCCAGUCAAGCCUCAACCGCUCCCUCAGCCCCUCCCCGGGACAGUCUACGAUGCAGACCAUCAGUGUCGGCUGACUUUCGGUGAUGACUCCCAACAUUGCCCUGACCUGAGCACCACAUGUGCUGCUCUGUGGUGCACCGUUACAACAUCCAAUGGUUUGCUGGUGUGCCAGACCAAGAACUCCCCAUGGGCUGAUGGAACCCCCUGUGGGCACGACAGCUACUGCUUGGCCGGGCACUGUCUCACAAGGAGCCAAGCUUCCAAACACCAGACUCCUGUCAAUGGUGGCUGGGGAGUGUGGGGUCCCUGGGGUGACUGCUCUCGGACAUGCGGGGGAGGGGUGCAAUAUUCCUUCCGUUCAUGUGAUAACCCUUUGCCAAAGAAUGGAGGAAAGUACUGUGAGGGCAAGAGAGUCCAGUACCGCUCCUGCAACAUAGAGGCCUGCCCUGACGCCAAUGGCUUGUCAUUUCGGGAGGAACAGUGUCUGGCUCACAAUGACAUGUCAGCCCAAGUGUCUCUUGGAUCCGGCGAGGGUGUUGAAUGGGUGCCCAAAUAUGCCGGCGUUUCACCCAAAGACCGGUGCAAGCUUGUGUGCAGAGCCAAGGGAACAGGAUACUUCUUUGUUCUCAAAUCUAAGGUGGUGGAUGGAACACCCUGCAGCCCCGAUUCCACCUCAGUUUGUGUUCAAGGCCAGUGUGUCAAGGCUGGAUGUGAUCGUGUUAUUGGCUCCAACCAGCGUUACGAUAAAUGUGGUGUGUGUGGAGGGGAUGGCUCCACCUGCAAGAAAGUGUCAGGCUCACUGGAGCGUGCCAGGCCUGGGUACCAAGAUGUGGUGACAAUCCCAGCUGGUGCCACCCAUCUUGAUGUCAAACAGCGUGCGCCUGGCAAUGGUCGUCAUGACAAUAGUUACUUGGCAGUGCGUCGACAGGACGGUACCUACCUGUUGAAUGGCGAUUAUAAGCUAAUGACCAUAGAGUCGGACAUUACUGUGCGAGGGGCACUGCUGCGAUACAGCGGUUCUUCGGCCAGUCUUGAGCGGCUCCGCAGCUUUUCCCCCCUCCCUGAGGCUCUCACUAUUCAGGUACUGUCUGUGGGGGAAGCCCCAAGGCCCAGAGUGAAGUACAGCUACUUUGCUCCCAGACCCAACAAUGCUGCUUCUACCAACAUCAGCGGAGGUCGUCGGCAUUCGAUCAACGCCAUCCGAGAGUUGGGUGUUGCUGAGUGGGUUUUGAUGGAGUGGGGCCCCUGCUCCCAGACCUGCGGAGGUGGUAUGCAACAGAGAGAGGUCGUGUGUCUGGAUCCCCAAGGCCGUCCAUCCAAGGAGUGCCCAGAGGAGCUGCGACCUUUGGCAUCACGAUCAUGUGCCUCUCAGCCUUGCCCCUCCUGGCUUCUUGGAGAAUGGUCCGUAUGCUCAAAGACCUGUGGCAGAGGUUUCCGAAAACGCCAGCUUCGCUGCAUUGGCUAUGAUGGCCACACACUGAGCCACGACAGCUGUGACUUCAAAGACCGACCACGACCCCUGCUGGAGCUGUGCUAUCAAGGUGCCUGCUAAGGACUGCUUUGACAAUCUGACCUCAAUUUUUUUUUUUUAACCAAUUCAUGAAUUCCCCAUGUCAAUGACUGCAUCUAUAUCUUCCACACCUACACACAUUGCCGAAAAGCACAUUGACAGUGUCACACACCCGGAGCAACAAAGUCUGCCACCUGUUUUUGGAGUGCAGCAGUGUCACGUCAGCAAGCAUAGUGGACGUUCAUGAAUUUGAGCAUGCUGUUUACAAUUUCAAUAGUAUGCUUGUUUGUGAGAGUAUGUAAAGAUUUGAGGCAUAUAUUUUGUUUGUCCAAGCUGGGCUGGACAGUUUAUUGGUAGUGGAGAUCGUUUUUUAUAUAUAUAUAU